UUUUGAUAGAAAAACAACAGUUGAUCUUCCAAAAUUAGAAAUGAACUCUUCUUUAACUGUUGUAAAUGAUAAAAAUAAACAGUCAAAUAAACCAAUCUUAAGUAAAAAUAAGUCUGUUGCUAGUAAAAAGAUUUCAGAUUUAAGAAAGAAAUCAAUUAUGCUGAGCAAGAAGGGAUCUAAAAUGUAUAAGAAAUCUUCUCUAUCUAACUCAUCAAGUAAGGAUACUACUCCAAAGAUGAUUCAGAAAGAAAUCUUGAAAGAGGACCUAAAUGUGAUUGAAAUUAAGGAAGAAAAUGGCGAAGUUACUUCAAGAAAUCUUUAAUUUAAAAUUUU